AUGAAAUCCCCCAUUGUUGGGAAGCGAUGGGCAAGGAAGCUAGCCAAUAAGAACACAGAAAGACCGGAAAUUGGCGCGCGCGGAGCAGAGGGUGGGCGCUCGCAACCGCCUCGGCCUGCGCUGCUCAACGCAGCUUGGUGGCCUCGAGCCAGCGAGCAGCGCGUGACGAAGGGACUGAGCGACGGGCGGCCGCGGCCAAUAAACGGCGGCCGCCGGGGCUCUGCAGCCAGUGGCGAGUGGGGGGGCGGGAGGCAGCAGGUUGAGUCAUUUAUUUUGGACCAAGAAGAUCUGGAUAACCCAGUGCUUAAAACAACAUCAGAGUUAUUCUUAUCGAGUGCAGCAGAAGGGACAGAUUUACGCACAGUGGAUCCAGAGACGCAAGCAAGAUUAGAAGCAUUGUUGGAAGCAGCAGGAAUUGGUAAAUUGUCAACUGCCGAUGGUAAAGCCUUCGCAGAUCCUGAGGUGCUUCGAAGACUGACUUCCUCUGUCAGCUGUGCAUUGGAUGAAGCUGCUGCUGCUUUGACACGAAUGAGAGCAGAGAACAGUCAUAAUGCAGGACAAGUGGACAAUCGCAGUUUGGCAGAAGCCUGCUCAGAUGGGGAUGUGAAUGCUGUCCGCAAAUUGCUAGAUGAAGGAAGAAGUGUAAACGAGCAUACUGAAGAAGGAGAAAGUUUGCUUUGUUUGGCCUGUUCAGCAGGGUACUAUGAAUUGGCACAAGUAUUGCUUGCUAUGCAUGCCAAUGUUGAAGAUCGAGGGAAUAAAGGAGACAUAACUCCACUAAUGGCAGCUGCCAGUGGAGGCUAUGUAGACAUUGUGAAGUUGUUGCUUGUUCAUUGUGCAGAUGUCAAUGCCCAGUCUUCAACAGGAAACACAGCACUAACUUAUGCUUGUGCUGGGGGAUUUGUGGACAUUGUAAAAGUACUAUUGAAAGCAGGAGCUAACAUAGAGGAUCACAAUGAAAAUGGCCAUACUCCCUUAAUGGAAGCGGCUAGUGCUGGUCAUGUGGAAGUUGCCAGAGUUCUCCUGGAGUAUGGGGCAGGCAUUAACACUCACUCAAAUGAAUUCAAAGAGAGUGCGCUUACACUUGCAUGUUAUAAAGGCCAUUUAGAUAUGGUUCGUUUUCUGCUUGAAGCUGGUGCAGAUCAAGAACACAAAACGGAUGAGAUGCACACAGCACUAAUGGAGGCCUGCAUGGAUGGACAUGUAGAGGUAGCACGACUGCUUUUGGAUAGUGGGGCUCAAGUGAAUAUGCCUGCAGAUUCAUUUGAGUCUCCACUAACGUUAGCAGCUUGUGGUGGACAUGUUGAGUUGGCAGCUUUAUUGAUAGAAAGGGGAGCAAAUCUUGAAGAAGUUAAUGAUGAAGGUUAUACUCCCUUGAUGGAAGCUGCUCGAGAAGGUCAUGAAGAGAUGGUAGCACUCCUCUUAGCACAAGGAGCAAAUAUAAAUGCACAGACUGAAGAAACACAAGAAACUGCUCUUACUUUAGCAUGCUGUGGAGGAUUUUCUGAAGUAGCUGAUUUCCUGAUUAAAGCAGGGGCUGAUAUAGAACUAGGGUGCUCAACACCUUUAAUGGAGGCUGCUCAAGAGGGACACCUUGAAUUAGUUAAAUAUUUACUGGCAGCAGGGGCUAAUGUUCAUGCCACAACAGCAACAGGAGAUACAGCUCUGACUUAUGCUUGUGAAAAUGGGCAUACUGAUGUUGCAGAUGUGCUACUUCAAGCAGGGGCUGACUUAGACAAGCAGGAGGACUUAAAGAAGACUAUUUUGGAGGGCAUAGAGACGGCCAAGCAUCAGGAACAUGAAUCUGAAGGUGGGAGAACUCCUUUAAUGAAAGCUGCCCGAGCUGGUCAUUUGUGUACUGUACAAUUUCUUAUUAGCAAAGGUGCUAAUGUGAAUAGAGCUACAGCUAAUAAUGACCACACAGUAGUAUCACUGGCAUGUGCAGGAGGCCAUCUGGCAGUUGUUGAACUACUGCUGGCCCAUGGAGCUGACCCUACUCAUCGACUAAAGGAUGGCUCAACAAUGCUCAUUGAAGCUGCAAAAGGUGGUCAUACCAAUGUUGUUUCUUAUUUGCUUGAUUAUCCAAACAACAUUCUCUCAGUUCCUGCCACAGACAUGUCUCAGCUUACCCCACCUUCUCAGGAUCAAUCUCAGGUUCCACGUGUACCAGUGCAUGCACUUGCCAUGGUUGUACCUCCCCAAGAACCUGACAGAGCUCCUCAAGAUAGCUCCCCAACACUCUUGGGAGUACAGAAAGGUACAUCCAAGCAGAAGUCAAGUUCCCUGCAGGUAGCAGAUCAGGAUCUACUGCCAUCUUUUCACCCCUACCAGCCUUUGGAAUGCAUAGUAGAGGAGACUGAAGGCAAGCUGAAUGAACUGGGACAGAGAAUUAGUGCUAUUGAAAAAGCACAACUGAAAUCAUUGGAGUUAAUUCAAGGUGAACCUCUGAACAAAGAUAAGAUAGAAGAACUUAAAAAGAACAGAGAAGAACAAGUCCAGAAGAAAAAGAAAAUACUGAAGGAACUGCAGAAAGUGGAAAGGCAAUUGCAAAUGAAAACACAGCAGCAAUUUACCAAAGAAUACUUGGAGACCAAAGGUCAGACAGACCCAUCGCUAGCACAGCAACAGUGCCCUCACAGAGGUGUCUUUCCAGAAGGGGAAGGAGAUGAUAGUAUCCCAGAGGAUAAUUUUUCAGUGUUACCUCAGGUUGAUGCAGUUUUAGCUAAGGAGGAAGAUGAUGAUGAUGAGCAACAGUCUCCACCCCCUGCAGAGCAAAUUGAUUUUGUCCCUGUCCAGCCUUUACCAUCUUCACAGUGUAACUUUUCUGGUGACUUAGGUUAUAAUGGGACAAAUUCUCUUGAACUUCAGAAAGCAUUAGGUAAUCAGCAGAAUGUAGGACAGCAACAGAUUGCUGGACAUGGGCAGGGACUGUUAGUUCAAGAACCAGAUGGACUAAUGGUUGCAACUCCAGCACAGACGCUUACCGACACUCUUGAUGACCUGAUAGCAGCUGUGAGUAGCAGAGUGCCCACUGGGUCCAGCAGUUCCUCUCGCACUACAGAAUCCCCUACACCUGAACCCUGUUCACAGACUCCAAGCAAUGUGGCUUCCCAGCCAAUGCUCCCUAUGUAUCCUUCAGUUGACAUUGAUGCCCAUACGGAGAGUAAUCAUGACACUGCAUUAACACUUGCCUGUGCAGGUGGUCAUGAAGAACUUGUGUCUGUAUUAAUUGCACGAGAUGCAAAAAUUGAACACAGAGACAAAAAAGGUUUUACCCCCCUGAUUCUGGCAGCAACUGCUGGACAUGUUGGAGUAGUGGAAAUCCUUUUAGAUAAAGGUGGAGACAUAGAAGCACAGUCUGAACGCACUAAGGAUACCCCACUUUCACUUGCAUGCUCUGGUGGGCGUCAGGAGGUAGUUGACUUGCUGCUGGCUCGAGGGGCAAAUAAAGAGCAUAGGAAUGUGUCAGAUUAUACACCAUUGAGUCUGGCUGCAUCUGGAGGAUAUGUCAAUAUCAUUAAGAUUCUGCUAAAUGCUGGGGCAGAAAUCAACUCCCGAACCGGGAGUAAAUUAGGCAUUUCCCCUCUCAUGUUGGCUGCCAUGAAUGGGCAUGUUCCUGCAGUGAAGCUGUUGCUUGAUAUGGGUUCUGAUAUUAAUGCUCAAAUAGAGACCAAUCGGAACACAGCCCUUACCUUGGCCUGUUUCCAGGGACGAGCAGAGGUAGUCAGUUUGCUUUUGGACCGAAAAGCAAAUGUUGAGCAUAGAGCAAAGACUGGCCUUACCCCUUUGAUGGAAGCGGCUUCAGGAGGUUAUGCAGAAGUUGGAAGAGUUCUCCUGGAUAAAGGAGCAGAUGUCAAUGCUCCUCCUGUGCCUUCUUCACGAGAUACAGCUUUAACAAUAGCAGCAGACAAAGGCCACUACAAAUUCUGCGAGCUACUUAUUAAUAGGGGAGCCCAUAUUGAUGUUCGUAACAAGAAAGGAAACACACCACUCUGGCUGGCAGCAAAUGGUGGUCAUUUCGAUGUGGUGCAGUUGCUGGUACAAGCAGGUGCUGAUGUGGAUGCUGCAGAUAACCGGAAAAUUACACCUCUUAUGUCAGCAUUUCGCAAGGGUCAUGUAAAAGUUGUGCAGUAUUUGGUGAAAGAAGUCAAUCAGUUUCCUUCUGAUAUUGAAUGCAUGAGAUACAUAGCAACUAUCACUGAUAAGGAACUAUUGAAAAAAUGUCACCAGUGUGUUGAGACAAUUGUGAAAGCUAAAGACCAGCAAGCUGCUGAAGCAAAUAAGAAUGCAAGUAUCCUGCUGAAGGAGCUCGAUUUAGAAAAGUCAAGAGAGGAGAGCAGAAAACAGGCUCUUGCAGCUAAGAGAGAGAAAAGAAAGGAAAAAAGAAAAAAGAAGAAAGAGGAACAAAAAAGAAAGCAGGAAGAAGAUGAAGAAAACAAACCUAAGGAGAAUUUAGAGUUACCAGAGGAUGAUGAUGAAGAGGAGAAUGAUGAAGAAGCAGAGCAAGAAGUUCCCAUAGAGCCUCCUAGUGCAACCACUACCACAACAAUUGGGAUCUCUGCCACAUCUACUACAUUUACCAAUGUGUUUGGAAAAAAGAGAGCCAACGUGGUAACAACCCCCAGCACCAAUCGAAAAAAUAAGAAAAACAAAACAAAAGAGACACCUCCAACUGUGCAUUUAAUUUUGCCAGAUCAACAUAUAUCACUAGCACAACAAAAGGCAGAUAAAAAUAAAAUAAAUGGAGAACCAAGAGGUGGUGGUGGUGGUGCAGGUGGAAAUAGUGAUUCUGAUAAUCUGGAUAGCACAGAUUGUAACAGUGAGAGCAGCAGUGGUGGUAAAAGCCAAGAGUUAAACUUCACAAUGGAUGUAAAUUCGUCUGGUGAUAGAAGAUACACAUCGCUGCUAAUUCAUUCCCAUGAAGAAAAGACUAGCACUACCACUUCCAAAAUUCAAACAAGACUCGAAGGUGACGCUAAUCCUAAUGCAUUGUCUACAAGCUAUAAAUCAGUGUCAUUGCCAAUGAAUUCUCCAAACAUCAAGCUAAAUCUUACCAGCCCUAAGAGAGGCCAGAAGAGAGAAGAAGGAUGGAAAGAAGUUGUACGGAGGUCAAAGAAACUGUCUGUCCCAGCCUCAGUUGUGUCCAGGAUAAUGGGAAGAGGUGGAUGCAACAUUACUGCAAUACAAGAUGUCACUGGUGCACAUAUUGAUGUGGAUAAACAGAAAGAUAAGAAUGGUGAACGAAUGAUCACAAUAAGGGGUGGCACAGAGUCAACAAGGUAUGCAGUUCAGCUUAUUAAUGCUCUUAUUCAAGAUCCCGCUAAGGAGCUAGAAGAUUUAAUUCCUAAAAAUCACAUCAGAACCCCUGCCAGCACCAAAUCAAUUCAUGCAAACUUUUCAUCUGGAGUAGGUACCACAGCUGCUUCAAACAAAAAUGCGUUUCCUUUGGGCGCUCCAGCUCUUGUAACUUCACAGGCAACCACACUAUCUACUUUCCAGCCCACCAAUAAACUGAAUAAGAACGUUCCAGCAAAUGUACGUUCUUCUUUUCCAGUUUCUCUUCCUUUAGCUUAUUCCCAUCCUCAUUUUGCCUUGUUGGCUGCCCAAACUAUGCAACAGAUCCGGCAUCCUCGCUUACCUAUGGCCCAGUUUGGAGGAACCUUUUCACCCUCUCCUAAUACUUGGGGACCAUUCCCAGUGAGACCAGUUAACCCAGGAAGCACCAAUAGUUCUCCAAAGCAUAACAGUGCAGGUCGCCUACCUAACCAAAAUGGAAAUAUUUUACAGUCAGAAUCUACUGGACUAUCUGCUACUAGCUGUCCUAUCACUGUGUCUUCUGUAGUUGCUACCAACCAACCUCUAUGUGUUACUAAUAGCCGGACUCCUUCAUCAGUCAGAAAGCAGUUGUUUGCCUGUGUUCCUAAGACAAGUACCAUGGCAACAGUAAUCUCUACUGUGACAAGCACCUGUAGUUCUCUGCCUUCUGUUUCCUCUGCACCUAUCAGCAGUGGACAAGUUCCCACAGCAUUUCUACCCUCUAGUGCUCCACAAACACAAAUUUCUGUACAUAAAACAGACUCUUUCUCUGCUAUGUCAACUCCCAAAGAGAAGGUGUCCACGCAAGACCAGCCUGUGGGAAACCUGUGUACCCCAUCUUCAGUUGCAAAUAAUUGUAGUAUCUCUGCCAGCAACAACCCAGGAACCCUAGAAACCCGCUCUUCUAGUAGUCCUGCUCCUCUCAAUAACACACAGGAGGAGGUACUGCCAGCAAAUAUAUCCGAUUUAAGUCCUAUGUCAUUGCCUUUUGCAUCUAACUCAGAGCCUGCUCCAUUAAGUUUAGCGUCUCCUCGAUCAGUUGCUGCUGAUAAUCAGGACACCAGUAAUUUACCUCAGUUAGCUGUACCAGCACCUCGAGUUUCUCACCGAAUGCAGCCUAGAGGUUCUUUUUAUUCAGUGGUACCCAAUGCAACUGUACACCAGGAUCCACAGUCUAUUUUUGUUACCAAUCCAGUUCCUUUAACACCACCUCAAGGUCCACCAUCUGCAGUGCAGCUAUCCUCAGCCAUGAACAUUAUGAACGGUUCUCAGAUGCACAUUAACCCAGCAAAUAAAUCUUUGCCACCCACGUUUGGUCCGGCCACACUUUUCAAUCACUUUAGUAGUCUUUUUGAUAGUAACCAGGUGCCAGCUAACCAGGGUUGGGGAGAUUGCCCAUUGUCUUCACGAGCUGCCACAGAUCCAUCUUUCACUGUUCAGUCAACUUUCCUGGGUAACUCUGUUCUUGGACACUUAGAAAAUGUGCAUCCUGAUAACUCUAAGGCACCUGGAUUCAGACCACCUUCCCAGCGAGUUUCUACUAGUCCGGUUGGGUUACCAUCCAUUGAUCCAUCUGGCAACUCCCCAUCUUCUUCUUCAGCUCCUCUGACAAGUUUUUCCAACAUACAAGGAACACGGGUUUUUCUACAAGGUCCAGCACCUGUUGGGACUCCCAGUUUUAACAGACAACAUUUUUCACCCCAUCCUUGGACAAGUGCUUCAAAUUCAUGUGACUCUCCUAUUCCAUCUGUUUCCUCGGGAUCAUCUUCACCCCUUUCAGCUACUUCUGCACCGCCAACAUUGGGCCAGCCAAAAGGAGGUAACCCCAGUCAAGAUAGAAAAGUACCUCCCCCCAUUGGAACUGAGAGACUUGCUCGGAUUCGACAGGGAGGUUCUGUUACACCAACACCUCUGGGGACUAACUUCACAGCACCUGUUGGACAUAGUGGUAUCUGGUCAUUUGGAGUCAAUAGUGUGUCAGAAGGUCUUUCUGGUUGGUCACAGCCUAUGAUGGGGAAUCACCCACUACAUCAGCAGCUCUCAGAUCCAGGCACUUUCUCUCAGCACCAGCCAUUGGAAAGAGAUGAUUCGGGAAUGGUGGCUCCCUCUAACAUUUUCCAUCAGCCUAUGGCAAGCAGUUUUGUUGAUUUUUCUAAAGGUCUGCCAAUUUCCAUGUAUGGAGGCACCAUAAUACCCUCACAUCCUCAGCUGGCUGAUGGUCCAGGAGGCCCUCUGUUUAAUGGACUUCAUAACCCAGAUCCUGCUUGGAAUCCUAUGAUAAAAGUUGUCCAAAACUCAACAGACUGUACUGAUGCUCAACAGAUUUGGCCUGGCACGUGGGCACCUCAUAUUGGAAACAUGCAUCUCAAAUAUGUCAACUAAAUUAGAAGGUCUUUUUUCUCUUUAGCCUUGUUUGGGAAACCUAUGACCUUGGAAGAACCCUGGGAUUUUUAAAAAUGUGCCUAACUAAGCAAUUUUCUGUGUGGGCUUUAACAAUGGAAAUUUGAUUGCCCAUUGUGUAAGAACAAAUUGAUUUCCUAUCCAACUGAUUCUGUUCUCCAGUUAGUUUAGCCAUUUUGAACUUAAAAUCAGAUGAACCUAGUGCUUUUGGCUAAACAGUACUGAAUGCUACUUGUCUGCAGAAGAGAACUAGAUGAUUACAUGAUUUCAACCUUUUAGGGUGGUAAAUACAUGUAUAAUUGUUUACAUACUUAAAAGGAAAAAAAGUUGAGUAAAUUUCAUGUCGUAUAGUGGCUCUACUUUAUGUAGCCUGUAUUAAUGUGAAAUAUUUACCUGAAUAUUCAAUAAAAAGAUGAACAGUA